ACGAGCGGUUAGUAGGAGCGAUGUCGUUUUUAGAGAAAUUACAGGGACAAGAGAUCGUGAAGAGGAUUGUGAAAGAGUCCAGUAGCUCUAUUCCGUUUUCAGCCUCCAAGUUAGCACAGAGAAAUGGAUCAGAGCUAUUCUUUGCUCAUCAAUCCACGGUGAGAUGUGCAAGAAUUCCAGACUCGACGAGUUAUAAAGUACUUGACAUACCAGAAAUACAGUUCCAGAUUGACGGGCUGAAGCUGAACAGUUCGGGAACUUUACUUGCUGUGUAUAACCGUAACAAUUUGGUCAUCACAACGUUACCUUCAUCUCAGUUCAUGACCACACAGGAAUCUUUGAUCAAAGUGAAAUCGUUUGUCAUUGCAAGGGAUUUAAUCUGCUCGUUGAAGAUUGUUGACUUGCAAUGGAAUAAAGUAUCAAGAUUUGACUCUACUGUUGUUGUACUCUUUGAGGAUGGUGCUUUAAGAUGUUUUGACCUGAGUUACUCUCUUGAUGAACCAAAUUUCGUAUACAACUUGACCGUUUCUAGUAGAAACCAAGUUGGAUAUGCCACUGACGUUGUUGAUGACCCUGUAGCUAUAACUUUUGGUUCGGAGGAUUCGUUGAAUGGGCAAUUGAUAUUGUACAUCUUGAAUUCUGAAGGUGAUGUUUUUUCAAUUUAUCCUUUCUACCCAAGGGAGAUUGCUGUUUCCAAGGAUCAAAUCGAGGAGCUGCUUAAUGAAACUAUCUUACUGACAAAUAGAAUUGUUGAUAGCGAUUCAAAUGUACUUGAAAAGAAAUCAGCUAUCAAUCAAUUGAAAUUUGUCAAACAUUUAUGGGCUCAAGUUCCAACUGCACAAACAGAGACUAGAGGCACACAGAGACUACUAGUUCUCAAACCUGACUCUUCACAGUCGAUGGUUACACAGGGUCCUUAUUCCAUUGAGCCAUUCCCAGAUACUUUGUACACAGAUAACGCUACUGGGAUAAGUUUUGUUAAUUGCGGAUCUGUCGAUAUCCUCAUCAUUGCAUGCGAGAAAAGUGGGCUUCUUUUCCUCCUUCCUGAUUGGAACAUUACUAUGAAGUUUAGAAAUCAAGAUUUCGAGGAAUUUGUCAUAUUGAACGAGAGUGGUGAGUUUGCGCCAUCUUUGACCCUGUUAGAGUUCAAGAAAUCUCAACAUCCAGCACAGAUUUCAUUAUCACCAUUCACAUGUAAGAACAAAGUUUUCCUGAAAAGAGAAAAUUGUAUCUACAAAGUGGAUUUAGAACUAUGGGCAAACGAGCUUGAAAGUUAUUUACAAAAAGGUGACUCAGAAUCGCUUGCCAAAGUACUCGAGUCUGAUUUCAACUCGGAUUUGGAGCUGUUAACGACUCUAUCACCAAAUGAACAGUAUGAAGGACUUGUUAUAUUGGAGGAUGAGUACUCGAGUAAAUACGUGGCUGUGCUAACUUCUUCAAACUUUAACGUGUUUUUGUUGUCUCCCGAGACACAGACUGAGAGUCCUAAGGAUAAUGUUGACAUUGCACCCAUUUACUAUAAAACCAACCUGGAUUCAACGCCAUUCUUUAUGAUCGACAAGUUGGUUCAAGACAUUCGAAAAUUCAAGAUUUCUGCACCAAGUGGAUCGAAUAACGUUAUUCAGCUUGACGAAACCGGAUUGCGUGAUGUAAAGGAUAUAAGCACACAGGUUUUGGAAACGUUGGUCAACUACCAUAAAUUCGUAAUGAGUUUGAACUACAGAGUUGAUGCUCAAAAGAAAGAGUUUGUCAGGCAAAUCGACACUACCAACGAUCUUUUACAAAAGUUGGACAAAGUUGAAGAGAAACAAGUCGAUAACAGUGAAAGUAUACUGAGGAUCACACAGCGCCAUGAGGCGUUACAAAAGAGACUGGCAACACUUGCGGAGAAAUUUGACAAGAGUACCGAUUUACCACUGAGCAACUCUGAGAAGGGAUGGUUUAAGGAGAUUCAAAAAACUACGUUAUCCUUCAACAAGUCUGUUAAACAACGCAAUUUGUUUGCACAACAACUGUCCUUUAUCAAAAAAGAGAUCGACUCCAAAAAGUUUCGCAAGGAAGAAGAUCAAGAAUUUGGAGAGCAAAAUUGGGAUAGCAUUAACGAUAUUCUCAAGGAGAGUAAAAAACUUUUGACUGAAACGUCUGGAAGAUUAAAGCAAAACUUCUUACAGCUGGAAGCUGGCAAUAAGCAGACGUUCGUAUAAUUAUAUAAUGCUUAUAUAAAUCCAUCCUUUCAUAAGUAGUUUUCAUUAAAAAUCAGUGACACGUCCGUUGAAGGAGUAAUCACCGUGUUUGAGAGGAUCCUGCUUUGGACCACCAAUUUCACCAGUCUUUGGGUUAACAUCACCUUCAAAUUCUGGAAUGGUUCUGAAAUACUC